UGUCCCCCCCCCCCAUGAUGCCCCACUGCUGCAGGUGGCACCUGCUCCCAUAGCGCCCCCCUGCUCACGUAUCACCUGGGCGGGCUCCUCGGCGCGAACUGCCCCGGUCAGAGCGCGUCGCAAACCCUGUGCCAGCCGUGGCCGGCUCGGCGUCCGGGACCCUCCCGCUCUCACUGCCUCUGGCUCCGCCGGGGUCUGGCACAUCGGGGGGCUGGUUCCGCAUUGCCUGGGGGGUGCAUGCUGCGGGGGGCCCGAGCCUGCCUGGCUAAACGGAGCCGCCCGGUGGGAUGCUGCCUCGCACGUGUGACUGCGGGGUGCCGCGUGUGUGCGAGGCUGCUCAAAACCAUCCGCAGAGAUAGUGCCCCCUGCCUUGGGGUCAGGUGAGCAGCGAGAGGUCGUGGAGAAGACCCCAGACGCUGGAUCUGGGAAAGGCUGGUGGUCCCUGCGACCUCAAAUACCAGCCCGAAUGUCCAGAUUUCACCGGUGCGAUGCGGCAGUUUUCAUUGCCAGAGCCAGGCCUCGGGAAGCAGAUCCCAGCGCUGGCAGCCCGCCUGCGAGACCUUCUCCACGCCCGCCCCGGGUGACCCAGCUCCAGCAAUGCAGGGCCUUGGCCCGCCAUCCGUACGGCAGUGCCGCCUCCCCAGACCCUUCAAAGGGCGGCAUCCUUCAGUACCUCUGCAACCGGUUCUAUGACAUCGAAUACCUCGUCAGCUGGAGCGCGACGCUUCGCUACAGAAACCUGCGAAGGAAGAACGCGUACUGCGGUUACAUCAAGAGCAUCUACGGAGACAACGCUGCCGCCGCCUACUUCGUCCUGUCCCACAGAGGAAGAGUGAGGUUUCAAGGCCAGGAGACCUGGUUCUGUGUGGACCAGCGCGGGAAUUUCAGCUACGAUUUCGUAGAGCUCCAAGACGUGCCUGUGGUGGCCAUCGACCUCGCGGGCUCCGUGUUGAACUACGACGGGCUGGAUAACCUAGUGAAGCUGACGGCGCUGAAAUCCCUGGACCUGAGCCGCUGCCCCCAUGUUGACGACUGGACCCUAACCCGGCUGCAGGUCUUCAAGGACAGCCUGGAGGAGCUCUCGCUGGCUGGGUGCCCCCAGGUCACAGAGCGGGGGCUGGCUUGUCUCCACCUACUCGAGAACCUGCGGCGCCUCGACCUCUCGCACCUGCCCUCAGUGCCCACCCCAGGGCUGAUCCGGAUCUUGGUGGAGGAGAUGCUGCCCCGGUGCGAGGUGGUGGGGCUGGCCCCGGCUGCUGGUGCCCAGACAAGCAGGGACGGAAGGGAGGAGCCCGGCGUCCCCAGCGGGGACAGGAGAGCUGGGGAGAUCCCUGCCUGAUGCCUGGCUGCCCUGACGCUGAUCGACGAGGGCGGGAAGAGAUGGCCGCAAGCCGCGCUCCCCUCAGCACCCUCCGAUCACGGACCGGGAAGGACCCCAGCGUCACCAUAGACUUGUGGGUGUGGCUGGGCGGUACGUGCCCCCCCGCUUUGGUCUCCCGUAGGACAGGGCUUGCAAUCGACAGAACCGCACUGUGGUCAUUAAAGGCCUCUCCCU